UCUUCUCAUCGAGUCGGCAAAAACCAAAGAAAAAAAAAAGUUAUUUCCAUUUUCGUAUUCUUUUUUUCUCAAAAUUAGGGUUCUUCUUCUUUCUUCUUCUUCUCUUUCCCUUCGCGUAAUCGAUCAGAACAAAGAUGGGUGGUGGAAACGCACAGAAGUCAGCCAUGGCUCGUGCUAAAAACUUGGAGAAGGCAAAAGCUGCUGGAAAAGGUAGCCAAUUGGAAGCUAACAAGAAAGCUAUGUCGAUUCAGUGCAAGGUUUGUAUGCAAACAUUCAUCUGCACUACAUCGGAAGUGAAAUGCAGGGAGCAUGCUGAGGCCAAGCAUCCGAAAGCCGAUGUUGUCGCUUGCUUCCCUCACCUCAAGAAGUGAUGAAAUAAAAAGCUAUGAUCUCAAGAAGGAUUCCAAUGUAAAACGUUUUGGAUCCUCCUCUUUCCUAUGUUUGUAUCAAAAAUGUUUCUGAAAAGUUUAUGGUUCUGUUUUUUCUCUCUUACUUGAAAUGAGACUUGUUUCAACACUACUAAGUCUGUUCUUAUAAAUUAUAUCAUAAAAGCUUUGUUUGGAA